AUGAGUGCGUUUCUUCGCAAAGAACUGACAUAUCACGAGAUUCGUGAAUACUUCUGGACAGACAGCAAAAUCGUGUUGGGGUACAUCAACAACGAGUCCAGAAGGUUUCAUGUCUAUGUAGCCAAUCUAGUGCAACAAAUACGCAACGUAUCUGACCCUGCGUCUUGGUACUAUGUAUCAACCAAUCCAGCAGAUGAUGCUUCUCGAGGACUCACAACUCACAAUAAACUUCGUCAGGCUGGUUACUGGGUGAUAGGUGGUUCGUCAGUCGUCUCAUCCAUCAUCACCAAGUGUGUGACCUGCAAGCGACUUCGUGGACCUGUCCGACAAAUUCGCUCUUACAGAGGAACUGCUUUCGUGGGUGCUAAGAAUGAGCUCCGAGACGCCUUGAAACAGAUGGACCAAGACAAGAUCCAGCAGUAUCUUGUUGAAAAUAACAUUGACUGGAUUCCCUUCGUAAUGAAUCCACCUCAUGCAUCACACAUGGGAGGAGUAUGGGAGCGCCAGAUUCAGACAGUUCGGCGUGCUCUCGAACCCCUCAUGAUGUCUGCGGGAAAACAACUAGAUGAUGAGGCAUUUAGAACAUUUCUUUCCGAAGCAGAGUCGAUCGUCAACUCAAGGCCUCUUACAACACAGAACCUGAGUUCGUCUAAUGCUCAAGAACCAUUGACACCUAACCAUCUCCUGACUAUGAAGUCCAAAGUAGUCCUCCCACUGCCAGGCAAGUUCCAGAAAGCAGACAUGUAUGCUAGAAAAUGGUGGCGUAGAGUCCAACAUCUUACCAACGAGUUCUGGACGAGGUGGAUGAAAGAAUAUCUAACCGACCUGCAAACUCGAAAGAAGUGGGCUCGUCCAAGGAAAAGUCUUAAAGUCGGCGAUAUCGUCAUCUCCAAAGAAGCAGAUGAUAACCGUGCUCAGUGGCCCCUUGGAAGAGUGUCGAAAGUGUAUCCUAGCAACGAUGGGCUUGUGCGCAAGGUCCAACUCGUCAUGGGAGAUUCAUCGUUAGAUAGUCAGGGAAAGCGUCAGAAACAACCCACCACGCUGGAAAGACCUUUACACAAGUUGAUGCUUCUCUUGUCUCCAGAAGAGACCUUAGAAACUAGUGACAUAGAAGACCAAGGGAUUCCCCAACAAGGAGCCAGCACAACACAAUGAACAUUUCAUUUAAUUUAAUAAUUUGUCUCUUUGUUUUCCAGCUUUUGUUCUUGUCUUUCCUCUCUGCCAUUUCUUUUUCCACUCUUCUCCUGAUAGUUCGCUCGAGUAGACAUUCACUUCGUUCUUUGUUUCUGUAUUUCUACUUUUCAUGUUCUCAACUGCUGUAACCUUUUAUCUCCUUUCUAUUUCUUUCCUAAUUUACUUUCAUAUUUUCGCUCAAGUCAGUUGAUUCUAGCUAUUGUAUCGGUGCUUUUUGUGUUAAAAGCGCCAGCUGUUUUAUUUAUUUUGAUACUCAUGAAUAAUUUGUUUCAAAAUUUAUGUAAAAUCGUUUUCGUUUAGUUUUGGAUUGGUAACUGCCUAUAAUUAAGCAGUUAAAGGAGCCAUGUCACUGCAGCAGUAUGCAGUGAAGGUUUAUAAUUUUAUAUUUACAUGUUUUUUAUUAAGUUUUUCAUUCUUAAAAUGAUAUUAAUUUAGUGUUUGUCCAUAAUGAUAUCUUAUAACUUGCUUUCAGUCUACAGAUUUUGAUCAUGUUUAGAUAUUGAAAUUAGUCUUAUUGGAAUAUAUCUAGUAGGCAUAUAUAUAAUAUUUUCUUGCACAUAAUGCUUUUCAUAUAGGAUACAAUAUGCUUGCAUGUAGUAGAUAUAUACUUGUACAUAUUUCAGUGUUAUAAGAACUAGACACUCUGAUUAAAGAGAACUAUGUUCUCUGUGAAGGUUCUAUUCAUUCCCAGAGGAGCAAUUGUCUGGACCUUCAGACCCUUAGUACACAAACUUGGCCACAGUAAUUGUAGAACAAUGACCCCCUUUCAGUUUGUGCAGCCCCCUUUUCUAUAGUUUCAACUUGUACUGGUAGAGCUUGGCUUGGGUUUUUAGCCUUUUGAGAGCCAAGUCAUUACAUUUCGGAAAGCCAGCGAGUGAACAUCAUAUUUUAGACACCUCAGAUAUUAAGUUCGAUCUUUCGAUACCUUCGAUUCAGUUUCAACAGUUCAAAGCCUCCAAUUGUAUUCUAUCUACUACUUCUACAUCUGUAUCUACACACUACUUACUACAUCUAUUUUACUUCAUGUUACACGAGAGUUUUGCAAUUAAAAUCGAAUCGUCAUCGGUAAUUCUCUCUGUUCGGAAUAAGUUUCUUUUUGGAGUGCAUUGUUCUUCGAAACCCCCUUCGAACUCGACCGAAACUCCUUACUUAGCAUCUCGUGUUAAGUGAGGCAGCCACAUUUCCCAUUACCUCUUUGAUGAUUUUCCAAGUUGCAUUAGUGUUUGAACUGGCAUCCUUUAUUCUAUUAGCAUAAUACAUUUUACGGGAUAUACGAUUUAAUUUUGUCAAUUUGUUUCGAUAUACUUUAUAUGUUUUUAAAUUAGCUUCGGUCUGCGUAAAUGCGACUUUUAAAGGCGGUUACGUGUAUCUAUUGAUUUCAAUAUACCUUUUGUUAUCCAGGGAAGUUUGGGUUUUUUUCGAUUGUUUUUCAUUCUACCUAUUGGGAUAUUCUUAUCAUAAUAACGUUGUAAUUUAUCAUUAAAGUGAUUAUAUGACGUGUUUGCGCCAUCUUCAUUAUAGACAUCCACCCAUUCCUCAAUUAUUAACUCUUGUUUCUAUAAUUCAAUAUUACGUUUAGAUUCUCUUCUAUAUCUGAAAAUAGGUUGAAAGCGCCUAGCAGGCAGCUGAUUAUUGCUCCCAAUAUUGUGUUUCUUUUAAUCUCAAAUACUACUCAUCCCCUGGAACGACUCAAUCUAUUGGAUACUUAGAGGAAUAUAGCUUCUUUUUGAGCCAUUUGUGGAUGUAAACAACGUUUUAAUUGCUGUACAAAGGAUAAUUUAUUAUUGCACUCUACAUUGGUUUGGUAAGACAGCCAUCUUCAUACACUCAUUGCACAUUCUUACCCAGCAUAGCACCUUACAGCAUAUCCACUCAGCCUUGAACUGCAUAGACUGGUUUCAACAUGAAUAGACCAGUGCUAUUGUGUUUUAUGCAGCAUGAAGCCGGUGGUGAUCAUUUCAUUUGUUUGUACUUUACUAUGUGUGUGCAGAAAUCAACACUGUUACCAACCUGUUUGCUCUCUACAAAGUUACAAACCAAAUUGGGUUCCAACAUCUAAACUGUUUCACCAUAAAUACUUAUCUACACGUAUUCCGUACUACAGUAACAGCAACUCAUCAUUUCAAAUUGAACUCUUAAUAUGCGGUGAUAUAAAGCCUAACCCCGGCCCAGCAAAUGUCACUAGGAACAAUCAUCAAAAUCAUCAUUAUUCUUCAUCCGAAUUAUAUGGCUUACAGAACACAAAUAAACAAUCACUACAUCUACCACAUACAACAUGGAAAAUCAUCAAAGAUCUUGGUAUUCAACGGGAACCUCUUCACCAUCGUGGCAAACGAGCAGGAAAGAGAAAAAACCUGAUCGCAAUAGGGCGGCAACCAGUUCAUCUUUCGAUAACAACACCUGAAAUUGCUUGUAAUGAUGAUCAAUGCACAAUACCAGUUAUUAUCCGUUCGAGAAUUAAAUAUCGGCGAAAAAAAGGAGUUCAUAUUAAUUCACCUAAUCUUCGUCAAAUUGAAUUGCAUAGAAGUGAAACCAGUAGAUAUUUUUUACCUAAAUUUUUAUUGACAAAUCCAAGAUCGAUCAACAACAAAUUGGAUGAGCUUGAAAUCAUCGUAAAAGAAAAUUAUGUUGAUAUAGUAGCAUUGACAGAAACUUGGGAAAAUGAAUUUUCACCUCUUGAGUUGUUACAUUUAGAUGGUUUUGCAACUUUUUCUAGACCACGUAAAAAUCGACAAGGAGGUGGGGUAGCUCUGCUUGCCAAGCAUGAAUUUCAUCCUCGUCUUUUAACUGACAUUAAAGUACCAGAGAAUAUUGAAGCAAUAUGGGUUGUUAAGACCCUCUCAUUUACCAAGGAAAAUUUCAAGUAUCAUUUUAUGUGUACUCUAUUUUCCUCCAAGAAGCACUAAUGAAGCUGAUUAUGCAGAUCAUGUUAUCUCGACAAUUGACUCUUUACUUGUGAAAUACCCUGAUGCAGGGAUAACUGUACUUGGUGAUUUUAAUGAUUUGAAUUUACAAGAAAUACUAAAUGAUGACAUGUUUAAACAAGUUGUAAAUAAACCAACAAGAGGGCACAAUAUACUUGAUAAGAUUUUUACAAACUUUUCUGAAUUUUAUGAUAAUGUUUUUAUUCUCCCGCCAGUCAGCAGAAGCGACCAUAACUGUGUUAUUUGGUUUCCUUCUAAUAUUUCCAAAAGAAUUAUUGAUAAGAAAAUUAGAAUUGUACGUCCUUUAACGGACAGUGGUUUGAGGUUGUUUGGACAAUGGUUGACAUCACAAACAUGGGAAGAAGUCUUUUUAAAUACGUCUGAUUUAUCAAUAAUGUAUACCAGGUUGAUCGAUAGCAUAAAAAAUAAACUUGAUUUAUACUUACCUUCGCAAGAAGUAAAAAUUAGUCAGACUGAUAAACCUUGGAUAACACCUUUUAUCAAAUCACUUAUACGUGACCGACAAAAGGCUUUCAAAAAACAAAAUGACACUCUUUGGAGACAUUUAAGAAAUAAAAUUGCUCAAGCUAUCUCCGUUGCAAAAACUAAUUAUUACAAUACUCGUAUAAAAAAGAAAAAUUAAAUAAUCCUUCAGCCUGGUAUAGACAUAUCAAAAUACUUACGAAUGAUAAUCAGGACAAUAUUCCAAUCGCGAUUCCUAAUGUUGACAUUGAAGAUGAUCUAUAUUGUAAACAAGCAGCUAACGCAAUCAACAAUUUUUUUGUGUCAAUCGCUUCUGAUCUUUCUCCUCUAAAUAGAGGAUCACUACCAGCUUUUUUAUCUUCUCAGUUUGAAAGUCCUGAGAUCAGUUGUUGGCAAGUCUACUGCAAACUGCGUAAAUUACAAUUACAUAAAUCAUCAAUUAGAGAUGAUCUCCCCAUUCGUGUUAUUAGAGAAUUUGCAUGUGAAUUGAGUGUACCGGUUACUAGGAUACUCAAUAUAUCUUUUAGACAAGGAAUAGUACCUUCACAGUGGAAAUUCGGUCAAGUAACUCCCAUUCCAAAAUCUCAUCCACCGUGCAUCAAUAAUUUACGUCCUAUAUCUUUAACUUCACAUUUUGCUAAGCUCGCCGAAUCUUUUAUGGCUCAAUGGUUAUUGAAAGACAUUGAGAAACAAAUUGAUAUGCAUCAGUUCGGUAACAGACCAGGAUUGUCUACAUCACAUUAUCUUGUUGGUCUAUUACAUCAUCUCUAUGACAAUGCAGAAAACAAAAAAUCUGUGUCCACUGUUGUAUGUACAGAUUUUCAAAAGGCGUUUGAUCGCCUGGAUCACAAUAUUCUAAUUAAAAAGAUGAUUAAUAUGCACAUAAAACCAUGGAUCAUAAAUUGGAUUGUAAGUUUUUUGGAACAUCGUAAGCAAUGUACGUUAUAUCAUGGAAUCUUUUCUGAUAUCAAUGUUAAUCAUGCCGGUGUGCCCCAAGGGACACGACUUGGCCCGAUCCUUUUUUUAAUUAUGGUAAAUGAUUUAUGUGAAAAUAUUCCUAUUAUUUUAAAUAUGUUGAUGAUUUGUCUUUAGUACAAUGUCGUAAAUCAACCGACAAUUCGCAAUUACAGUCAGUACUCAAUUCAGUGCAAUCCUGGUCACAAUCAAAUAAUAUGUCACUCAAUCCCUCAAAGUGUUUUACUUUACACAUUACUUUUAUGAAAAACCCCAUCACUCCUGAGGUUCUUGCCAUUAAUAACUCUGCCUUAUGUAAUGUAAAAAGUAUCAAAAUUCUUGGAGUUAUUAUACAAUCUGAUUUGAAAUGGAACUUACAUGUCGAUGACUUGGUUAAGAGGUGCAAUAGAAAAUUAUAUAUGUUAAGGAAACUGAAAAAGUUCAAUUUACCUUUGAAGGAUUUAGUGACAAUAUAUAUGGGUUAUAUACGACCAAUUUUAGAAUAUUGUGCUCCAGUUUUCCACAGCAGUCUUACAGCAAAACAAAAUAAUACUAUUGAAAGAAUACAACGGAGUGUAUGUAAAAUUAUCUUAGGACAUAAUUACAUUACAUA